UGUCUUCCUGCGACUCCACGAGGCGACAGCCGGCACUCGACCUUCUCUCUCUCUCUCUCUCUCUCUCUCUCGCUCUUCGAAUCCUUCUCCAUUAUCAACCACUCCUCUUAAGCUCCAAAAACCCACCACCAAUCCAAUACCUGAGAUUCCAAUCUCCACCUCAAUCCCAAUGGCGUGCAGCUCAAGGCUUAGAUCACCAUUUUCGUCGUUUUUCAUUCAGAAUUGCUGAAGAUUUUGCUGGAGCUCGAGGUUGGACUUCAAUGGCGGAUGUUUGAUCUUUUUCAGUAGGCUGGGGCUAUCUCUUGGAGGUUUUGUGGUGGUGGGUUGGAGAAAGGCGUGAUUUUGAUUAGGGUUUGUAGGUAGGGUAGUUCUUUGGGAUUUGAUCUGAGAGGGGGAGAGAGAGAGGGGUUGGGGGUGUUGGGGGAUGUGUUGUUGUUUGUGGCUGAGGCUCUUUGUGCUCGCCGGAUGAAGGUGUAAUCAGAGGCGUGGAUCUCGAAAAAGGAGACGGCUUUUGCCAGGCUUUUUGUGGGUUCGUGCGUCUGGGGAAAUAAAGCUUUGCUUUUUUCCUCGGUGAAUUUUGCUGUGAAGGUUUUCCAUGGGAUCAGAGGUAACUUGGUUUGGAUUAUAUAGCUGCUGGUGCUGGAGACAUCACCAGCUUUUGUGUGUUGGGGAUUUGGGUUGGUUUACUUCCUUUGAUCCUCACAGUCAGCUGAAAGCAUCUUAGAUGGUGGUUGAUUUGAGGUAGUGGUGCUGCAGUUAACAAAUAUGCCGAGUUCUGAUGAUGAGGGGGAGGAUGUUUUCUUUGAUGCCAGUGAUUAUAUCAGAAAUUCUAUAGAUUCUGUAUCUUCAGGGGAUAACUUUGCUGAAAGCCGUGAAUUGGAGUUCAAAAGGUUUCAGAAUGAGCUUUGGAGUACAGAACUCAGGAGCAUAGAGGAGCGCCGAAAAAGAUUUUUGCAAGGAAUGGGAUUUGAUAAUGAGUUCAUGUUUUCUCAGACUGACAAUGGUGAAGAAACUGAACAACGUGUGCAUGAUAAGUUGAUGGACCAUGUGGAGAUUGAAAGGAUUGCAGAAAGCAGUAGUGUUGUCCCGGAUACCUCGGAUACCUUGUUGGUGGAUGAUGACAGGGAACACAUGAACUGUUAUCUCUGUAUCAGGGAUCUGGAUACCGGGAAGAAAUUUAUUGUUCAUGACAUUGGCCCGGACGGCGUACUACGUGUGCUCAAGGAAGUCGGUUCGGACAGAACAAUGACUUUGCAAGAGUUUGAAGCGUUUCUUGGCCUCUCUAGCCCUGUUCAGCAGUUUAUGCGGAGAGAACCUACUGUUUCUAGUAAGAAACAGAAUGAGGGUGCUGAGGUGAAGAGAAAGAAAUCUAGGAGCUGGUGGGGAGGUUUGAAGUGGAAUAGGCAUUUAGUGGGAAUGUGCAAGCAUGAUGAUUCUGUGCAAAAUGUGCAACAGCCGAAAACAUCUAGAAUAAAAGUUCAGCAACAAAAGAAGAGAUGUAUGGAAUUCACUGCAUUGUACUUGGGACAGGAAAUCAAAGGUCAUAAUGGUUUAAUUAGAACUAUGAAAUUCUCUGUGUCUGGGCGGCAUCUUGCCAGUGGUGGCGAAGAUUGUGUCGUUCGCAUCUGGCAUGUUAGAGAAGUGGAAACAUCUUCCAAAUGUUUUGCCUCCAAUGGUUCCUCCAAAUUUAUCAAUAAGAUUAAAGAUGGUAGAGUGAUGUUUGGAAGGAAAAGUCCUAGUUCUGCUCCUGCUGUUAUCCCCAAAGAGCUUUUCAAGAUUGAAGAGACUCCUUUACAUGAAUUUCAUGGACACACCAGUGGCAUCCUGGAUCUAUCGUGGUCUGACUCUGAUUUUCUCCUCACGUCAUCCAAGGACAAAACUGUCCGCUUGUGGAAGGUUGGUUGUGAUCUAUGCCUUAAAGUGUUUCAGCACAAUGACUAUGUGACAUGCAUUCAAUUCAAUCCUGUUGAUGAAAGAUACUUCAUCAGUGGUUGUAUUGAUGGUAAGGUUCGUGUAUGGGGUGUUUCUGAGAACCGGGUCGUUGAUUGGGCUGAUACACGAGAUAUUGUGACUGCUAUUUGUUACCGACCUGAUGGGAAGGGAUUUGUUGUUGGUUCCAUUGCAGGAGGUUGCCUCUUCUAUAAUUACUCAGGUAGCAAUAUGAAGCUUGAUACAAGAUUAUGUGUUGAAGGUAGAAGGAAGUCCACCGGCAAGCGCAUUACUUGUUUGCAGUUUUCACCCAGCGAUUCCGAAAAGGUUAUGGUCUCCUCAGCUGAUGCAAAAAUCAGAAUUUUUGACGGGGUAGAGGUCAUCCACAAAUUCAAAGGUUUGCGCAAGUCCAAGAGCCAAUCGUCUGCAUCAUUCACUUCAGAUGGGAGAUAUUUUGUCUCGGUGGAUGAGGAAUCUCGUGUAUACAUUUGGAACUACAAUGAACCAAACAUCACCUCAUUGAAUGGAGCUAAAACAAUAAGGUCAUUCGAGUUCUUCUCUUCUGAAGGUGUAUCAGUUGCUCUUCCUUGGUCUGGCAUUAAUCGCAGAGUAGGCUUAGACUUCAACAACAUACUUGCCUCAUCCACACCGCGGAAAUUCUUAGAGCCUUUGACUUGGUUAAGGAAUCCAGACUGCUUUUCUCUCGGAGUCUGGUUCUUUGCUGAUAGUGUGUCAAGAGGAUCGGCGACAUGGCCAGAAGAGAAGCUCUUCACGCCACCGGAGCCAUCGACACCGACAGAUAACCAUCAGCAUGAUCACAUCCAACAGAGUGAUUUGCAGAAUCGGCUUCGAUAUCUCGCGACGCUGACAUUAUCAGCAACAUGGAAUCUGGUGAUAGUUACAGCUAGCCAUGAUGGAUCAAUCAGGUCUUUCCAUAAUUUUGGAUUACCAGUUAGGCUUUGAAAGCGCAUUGCAACAACAUCGCCGAUCGGUUAAUUCUGGUGGCCUGAUCUUGCAGUUAAUUCUGAGCUCCGGCAUUUCAAGAUUGUGCGGCAAUUCUUUGUCUGCAAUUUAAUUCAUCAGUUGCAGUAAGUUGUGGAGAUUCAAUUUCUCGUCAUUCUGCAUUGUUGAAAUAAAAAACAGGAAAAAAAAAAAA